CAAUCGUAAUUUUUUGCCAUUGUAUUUUUUCAUUGAACCACUACUGCCUUUUUGUACCACUGUUGAUUUGGCUAAUGCCUAGGAUGAUUAUGAUAGGUCCUGUUAAAAACACUUCAUCGGCUGGUAAUUCUAUCGAACGAAAGAGGCAAAGGGAUAGAGAAAGGCGUGCAACAAUGUCGGUUCAACAAAGGAACGAGUUCAAUAAGAAGCGUCGUGAAGAGCGUCAACGAAAGAAGGGACAAAAUGUGAUGCCCAAUGUGUCAGGAGAUGGAGACAAAAAAAGUAAACGUGGAUCCAGAUGAUGAUAGCGACUGGCUGCAUAGGAAUGAGACAUUCUAGGCAAAUGACAAUGUCACAACGAGAGACCUUCUGACACUAGGUACAUGACUGUUCACUUUACUAAAAAUAGGCACAGCAGAUUUCAAGCGGUUGAACCUAGACAUGCCUUAUUCCAGGCAGUGUGCAUGAAUCUGUUGGUGUCAUUGGGGAACCGGGUAUAGGCGUGAGGGAGUCUAGGCGUGAACGCCUUAGGUUGUAUAAUCAGACACCAAGACGGAAAGAUGCAAAGAUAGAGUACAUGAGAAAACGUAGAGCACUGCAGGCUGACACUUUGAAUCAUGCGUCCAUCGCCAUGGAGGACCCAACAUAUACCCCUGAGGUUGUACACCCUACAGCGGAUGCAACGGAACCUGAUGGAUCCUCAGUUACCGCCUGCGACUGGGUUAUCCCUGAAUUCGUCAGGACACCUUUCCUGCCAGCUUCAACAUAGACCGAGGAUGUCGGUUCAUUCGAUAUGUCUACUGAACCACGAAGACGUAAACAUCAUGUGCCGCGUGGGGAAGACAAGCUAUCUUAGCCCGUCGAAACUAGCAAUUUGAAGCAUCCAUUGCAAGGAACGUGGCUACUUCGACUGGGGAUACUAUCGGUGACGCUGAGAUCAACAACAAUGGUAAUUACUAUCCAAUCUUAAAUGGAUCUUGCACGACGGCGAUAGCAUGUAGUCAGACUAAACGUGUGUUUCCAUCAGUACAAUGUAGGGUUCCAUGCCAAGGCGCUACCUUGCCAACAAAUGGGAGUGCAAGCAUAACCGAACAAGGAAGUGGGGUGGAGCAUACACAAGCGAAGCCAAGGGUCAUUUCUAAUGGUAAUUGUUAAAAAUCUUUAUUUAGAUUACAUAUUUCCCCACACUGAAUGCCUUUGUCUUUUACGUGGCUCGUAUUUUCACCAUCCAGGUGAUGAUGAUGAUGAGGUUGUCAUAUUCAGAGAAGAUAAUGACGACGACGACGAGGGAUACAUAUUCGCUGACCAAUGUACUUAUGUCAAUUUUUAUUAUGAUGCCAAGGCUUAUAUAAAUACACAUGUCUUAGUCGUUGUUUUCCAAAAAAUAUCAGAUGACGAGACCGACGAGGACAUCGAGAUCGAUGGUACUCAAGAUGAAUCUACUGCCACUGAUGUGCCUGACCCGUACGACAAGGUGUACAGUAACCUCCCUGAAGAAACACAUAUGCUGAAGCUUGUUCCUGACUGCGGUUAUUGCACCGCGAAGAAGUUUGAGUAUGAGCCACCUGGGUUUUGCUGUCGUGGUGGGAAGGUUGAGCUAGCACCACUGGAGACCCCUCCCAGCUCAGGAGGUUGUGGGAUAGUGCAGACUCUGAUGCUAAGCACUUUCGUGAUAACAUUAGAUUUUUAAUGGCCAUUUCUCUUUCACUUCCCUGUACUGUUGCCUCGAUAGUAUGACAACUAAUGUGAGAGAUUCUGGUACAUACACGUUCUGGGCACAAGGCAUGAUGUACCACAAUAUCAAGUCAUUCGGUACGGAAGGUGGGGCGGAGCAUAAACAUCUAGAGCUUUACUUUUACGAUGAUGAUCCCAAUCUCGAGCAUCGGUACCGUAAGUGUCGUGAAGAGCAGCUUCAGAAAGACAAAGAGGUUAUUAAACAGAUAGUUGGCAUACUCCGUGGAAACCCAUACUCCGAGCAUCUUAGGAGCAUGGGUCAUGUUGAGAACCUUGAUGACUAUCAUAUCGCAUUGAACCUUGACUAGACGUUGAACCAGAAGACAUAUAACACGCCUCUCACUUCGGAGGUGGCCGCUGUCUGGAUCGAGGGGAGCGAACGGCGAGGCCAGUUCAGCAAGAGUGUUAUGCUACAUGGGAAGGAUAGGUCAAGCCACGGCAUCCGCUCAUACCAUGGAUGCUACGAUGCACUAUCGUAUUCACUGUUCUUCCCUAGAGGUGAACUUGGAUGGCAUACAAAUAUCCCAAAGGUUGGUGUAUCCAUGGAUGAAGUGGAUGCAUACCGUGCGACACAUAGGACAAGUAAUGCAAAUGAUGAAGAUGCGGGUUAGUUGUUUCUUUGUAAUUUGAGAUUUUUGCACAUUAUUAACUAUGCUUUCGGCAUCACUCACUUUUCAAUCCUUACAUAUGUAGAAUCUCCUAGCCAUUUAUGUGUGUCCGUACGUGACUACUACUGCUACAAAUUCCAGAUUCGUCACAGGGUAUUCAAUCCAAUACUUCAUGGAAAGCGACUUUUCCAGCAGUUCGCGGUCGACACGUACAUCAAGAUUGAGAGCUCUCGUUUAGAUUUCAUACGUAAGAAUCCGGAUCGGUUAAGGGCAGACCUAUACCAGGGCUUGGUGGAUAGCAUGUUAGAUGGGGAUAUUAGAGCAGAGAAGGUUGGGAAGCGAACUGUGCUGUCGACGUCGUUUAUUGGCGGUCCUCGUGACAUGAGACGUCGAUAUAUGGAUGCUAUGGCUCUGGUGCGGAAGUUUGGUAAACCAGACAUCUUUCUUACCAUGACAUGUAACCCCAACUGGGAUGAGAUAAGGAGGGAGCUUCUCCCUGGGCAGACACCGCAAGAUCAUCCGGUGCGUGUCUUUCAUGCGAAGCUACAGGAGUUAAAGCAUAGGCUGAGUAAACAGGAUAUUCUUGGUAAGGUCCGAGCCUACGUCUAUGUCGUGGAGUUUCAGAAGCGGGGUUUGCCGCAUGCCCAUUUUCUACUCAUCAUGCAAAGGAAGUACAAGCUCACGUGCCCUGAGCAGUAUGACCUUUUGAUCUCAGCCGAGAUCCCAAGCAACAAGUACCCUGAACUAUGAAAGAUGGUUAUCAAGCAUAUGAUGCAUGGCCCGUGUGGGUCGCUAAACCCUAACUGCCCAUGCACUAAGGGUUGUGCAUCGUGCAAGAAUCAUUACCCUCGGCCUUUCAGUGACACAACCUUGCAAGGGAAGGAUUCGUACCCUGUUUACAGACGUCGUGACGAUGGCCGUAAAGAAAAGGUUCGAGGGUGCGAAUUGGACAAUAGAUGGGUUGUCCCUUACAACCCUUACCUCCUUCGUCUCUUCAACUGUCACAUCAAUGUUGAGGCGUGCGGGAGCAUCAAGGCUGUUAAAUAUCUGUUCAAGUACAUAUACAAAGGCCAUGAUCGUGUGUCUAUUGUUAUGAGAGAUGCGAGCAAGGCAGAUGAUGAUGUAGAUGAGAUCAAGCAGUACAGAGAUGCAAGGUGGGUGACUCCUCCAGAAGCCUUAUGGAGGAUAUAUGGCUUUGAGCUUAGUCAGAACUCUCCACCUGUGAUGCAGCUGCAACUACAUCUUCCAAACAUGCACAUGGUGGCAUUUCACGAGCGGCAAAUGGUCGAGCGAGUCGUCAACCGUCCAGGUGCUGAUAGGUCAAUGCUCACAGCAUAUUUUGAGGCGAAUAGGCUACACGAGGAGGCUCGUGGCAUCCUGUAUCGUGACUUCCCUGAGUGGUACACUUGGUAGAGUGGUAAGGGCAAAGUAUUGCAACGGAGGAAACGAGAUACGGGUGGACAAGUCAGUAGAAUAGUCUCUGCUCAUCCGGCCGAGGGGGAGCGCUACUAUCUCCGUGUUCUCCUAAACCACGUGACUGGCGCCACCUCCUAUGUGGAUCUAAGGACAGUAGAUGGUGUCACGCUACCGACUUUCUGUGAGGCAGCAGAGAGAAGGGGACUGCUUGAGUCGAACAACACACUGGAUGAGUGUCUCACUGAACGUGCUCUUUUCUAGAUGCCAUCGGCGCUGAGACGGCUUUUUGCCACAAUAUUGGUGUACUGUGAGCCAAGCGACGUGGCGGUACUCUGGCAGAAACACCUAGAUGCUAUGUCAGAGGACUAUCAACGCAGGAGUCAGAGCAAAACUCAUGUUGAGCAGAUGGUAUUGAUUGACAUUAGGAACAUGCUGCAGUCAAUGGGAAAGGACAUAAAGACAUUCCCUCUUCCUCCUAUCAUCGAUGCGUAUGACGAUGCUAUUGGUACUGCUAGGGAGGUUUACGAGGAGGAAAGUAUCGAACCGGCAGCGGGAGAUGUGGCUCUCAAAGACUCUCUUAACGAGGAACAGAGGGCCGCCUAUGAUAAGAUUUUGUCUGCCGUUGACACUGAUCAGGGCGGAUUGUUCUUUGUGGAUGGACCUGGUGGCACCGAGAAGACUUAUCUAUACAGAGUGCCGCUCACGACGCUACGCAGCCAGGGCAAGAUUGCAGUGGCAACAGCUACAUCUGGCGUUGCGGCUUCCAUAAUGCCUGGAGGAAGAACCGCCCAUUCACGCUUCAAGAUACCUCUUACUAUUGACGAUGGCGCUGUAUGUAGCUUCAUGAAGCAGAGUGGAACCGCAUAGUUGCUAUGGAAAGCAUCUCUCAUUAUCUGGGACGAGGCUUCUAUGACUAAGAGACAAGCCGUGGAGGCACUAGACAAUAGCUUGCGCGAUAUAAUGGGUCAGCCCGGACUGCCAUUCGGUGGUAAAACCAUUGUCUUCGGUGGGGAUUUCAGACAGGUCUUGCCUGUUGUUCGUAAAGGGUCAAGGGCUCAAGUGGUCGCUUCUUCGCUAUGGAUGUCUUACCUAUGGGAGUCCAUGUCCCACUUAAAGCUUGUUAGCAAUAUGAGGACAAAAAACGACCCUUGGUUUGCGGAGUAUUUGCUACGCGUAGGUGGUGGAACUGAGGUCACAAAUAGUGAUGGAGACAUUCGUCUUCCUGAUGAGGUAUGUGUGCCUUAUAGUGGGAGUGACAGUGAUCUUGACAAUCUAAUAGACUUUGUUUUCCCAAAUCUCAACGAAAAUAUGUCAGAUUCCACCUACAUUACUUCAAGGGCGAUACUGUCAACGCGGAACGACUGGGUGGAUAUGAUAAAUGCUAAGAUGAUCGAUCGUUUUCAAGGGGAGCAUACGGUGUACCAUAGUUUCGAUAGCGCCAUGGAUGAUCCCCAUAACUACUACCCACCUGAGUUCCUAAACACACUGACGCCUAAUGGGCUACCACCGCAUGUUUUGAAGCUCAAGAUUGGAUGCCCUGUUAUAUUGCUUCGGAAUAUAGACCCUGCGAAUGGACUUUGCAAUGGCACCAGGCUGGUGGUUCGUGGUUUCAAAGAAAUAGCAUUGAUGCAGAAAUUGUACUGGGUCAGCAUGCUGGAAAAUGGAUUUUCCUGCCGCGUAUACCUCUGUGUCCAUCCGAUGACGAGAUGUUCCCUUUCCAGUUCAAAAGAAAGCAGUUUCCUAUACGGCUUAGUUUUGCAAUGACGGUUAACAAAGCACAGGGUCAGACUAUUCCCAAUGUUGGCGUGUACUUGUCCGAACCAGUGUUCUCUCAUGGCCAACUAUAUGUUGCUCUAUCUAGAGCGACAACCCGAUCGAACAUAAAGAUCCUUGUCAUCCCAGUCGUCGAUGGAAAGAAGAGGUCGAGGAAGGGUGUAAGAAAGAACCCCACAAUAGAUUGUGGGACAUACACCAAGAACAUCGUCUACAAGGAGGUCCUAAUAAACUAGCCGAAAUCUUCAUAAACAACAGAAGAGUGAUUUACACAAACAACAGCACAACCCAGACCCACGGCAAUUCUUUUGGAAAAAAUCCCUAACGCAUAUGCUAAUGGUUUCACUGAAGAGCAGGUACAUCUGAAACCAUAUUACCUGCUAUAGUGUUAUAUUCUAAGAGUCCAUGAUUCAUGCAUCUGACAGUCGUUCAUUCCACCCCUGAAUUCUUCUCUACACUCUGUCCUUGAGAUGUUCAAAGUGUAUAUCUAAACAUAGUGUAUACCAAUUGCACUUUGUUAUAAGUGAUGAUUCAUCUGUGAAUUUUAGCUUUCAUGCGUUUAGGUUAAUGGAUUUUGUUUUUCUGGUAACUAGGUCUCAUGUAGAACAUGUUAAUGGUAAACACACUACUUAUAAGAAAUACAUUACAGUCAAGAAGAAAGUGGAACCCGUGCUGUAAGUUUGUGCAGAUUGAUAUAUUUGCAGGAACCGGGAAUGCAUACUGCCACCUGGACAGAAUCUGUUGAGUUGUAAAACAAGUUACUUCCUCCCAUUGGAGAUAUAAAUUCAUCUAAGUCGAACCUCUUAACCUUUGAAUAUGAAUAUCUAAAUUUUUAUAUGGAUGUACAAGAUAAAUUAGGCAUUAUUAGAUUCAUUAUAAAAAACGUAUUUAUAAUAUACAAUUCUUCCUAUGUAAGAAAAAUAUAUUUUAAUAGAUACAGAUAGUCGAAGUAUCACAUUGUAGACCUUGUUGAUAAUGGACUUGUAUUUUUCAUCAGAUGAAGCAUAACUUAUAUAACUUGUUGCCUUGGCAUUUAAACUUGCUGGUUGUGUUCAAAUAUUUUACCAACUGGCAACAUAAACUUGUUUUUUUUUGCGUUACUUUUUUUUGUCGUGGUUGGAGAAUGCUUUGUUCCUUUCCAUAAGGGCAAGGAUACUGUUGAUAAGUUAAGGACCUACCUGGAGAAUGCUUUGUUCCUUUCCAUAAGGAACCCACAUACAAUAUGUUUUUUUAAAAAAAACUAAAUGGCGUAUAGUUGUUAAUGUGAAAUUACAGUUGUCGAAUACCCUGUCAAUAUUGUUUUUUUAACAACAACAAAGCCUUUUAGAAAUUACAUGUUAUGUUUAUAUUUUCAGAAAAAAACGGUUGUAUGUUUGCAAGAUUUUAGAAGGGCAAAGAUACUCUAACAAGCCUAGUUACAGACAAGUGACCAACAUACUUAGGGCAACAUAUAAAUGAAAUUUUUAGUAUCGAAUCAAGUACUCCUGUGACCUGUAUUCAUUUUCAUUUAGCAAUUAGAAACUAUUCAUAUUUAUAUAAACAGCUUUUCCCAGAAGCUACUUGUGUUUAUAGCAACUACUUAGAUAAAUUAAGUAAAUGUUUAAAAUGGAGGUGGAAGCGACCACAAGGACACACUAUUUAGGUGCUGAUGUUGCAAUUAAGACUUUGGCUAUUUUUGGCUGUUUUUUUACCAAUAUCUCAUCAAUCUUAGUUCAGUAGUGUUAUGCCUGCCAAAGACGGUAAUUUAAAGCCUGCAGAAUUGAAAUAACCCCUGGCUCUAGAACAGAAGCAUGUGAGUUACUAGCAAGUUAUUACGUUGUCUCAUGACCCUUCUGCUAAAACUGCAAUUGACAUGUGUUGGCCUGCAGACUUUGUUAAAUCCACAUGUUAGGAUCAGUCAAAUGCCUGAACCUUAUUUUGUUCACUAACAUUUCCGCCGGCAACUGAACUCUGUUCUCCUUAGAUAUGCUUGUUUGGUGGCUGAAGAAGCUGAGGCAGCCGACCAGCUGUCAAAGGCACUAACAUUUCCCAGAUUGUCCAAGUUCUAUAAUUCAUUAGGAAGAAAGAAAACCUGCAUCUUCCAGCUGUAUUUGCUGCUCGUAUUGCAGCACAAUCAAACCGUAAUCUGAGACGUGUGAUACUGUUUUUUCAGACUUGCAAAGUGCAACAGUAAUCUGAGACGAUGAGGACUUGAACUUGGGUGGUUUGGGUAUAUUCACACCCUCAACCAACUGAACUAGGUUGAGGUCCCCUUUUUGGUCUAUAGUUUCCUUGAGUUACUUCAUUGUUAGUGAUACCAUUUUCUGUACGCUACAUUAAAAGUUGUAACUCACCGUGUUGAAGUCAACUUUCUUGAGGAUUUUAGUAAUCUUCCUCAGAUCGUCCUUGCUGGGAAGAACUGCUUCAGCUGAUUCUCCUUUACCUUUUGUCACCUUUUUGCCUACAUAACAUACAAUAUCUCCACUUUUAGGCAAACUAAUAUACUACCUAUGUGCCUUUUUUUACAGAAAAGUAUCUAUGUCUUGAUGAUUUAUAUUAAAGUGAGAUAUUUCUGUGACCAUGACACACGCAGAACAAUAAUCAUAUGUAGUGCAAUGCAAUUACCACAUGAUGGUCUACAACUAAAAAAGAUUAGCAAAAAUAUCCACCAGAAUAAGAGACAAGGAUGAUUUCGAGAAAUGAUGAACCACAGUGAGUAAAUGUGAACUGAACUGGAAAUUUCCAAACACCGACAAAAAGGGGGCAUUUUGAGAUACUUAUUAGGGUCACUGCUUUACCUGACGACUUUUUCUCUUUGAUCUCCUUUUCUGCUGUGGGUUUCUUCUUUCUCGAAAAAACCUUGGCACUAUCAUUGGGGCUUUCUUUUUCCUCGUGAAUCUUGGAUGAUACUUUUUUUACCGGACUUUUGAUAAUUUUCUUUGGAGGACCUGAUUUGUGGCCACUCACUGUGUUUGACUUCUUUUUACCUGAAGAUUCUUUUACCUCUGAUAACUUCUUCCCUGCCUUUUCUUUCCUAGAUAGUCACCUUCUUGUUUGUCAGCAGCUUCAUCUGAAUCUUCAUCUCUGUUUUCCUCACUGUCAGACUUCAUGGAUUCAUCCUCAUCAGUAUCAUACUGGAGCGCUUUCUUCUGCCUUUUACUAGAAGUACUGUCAUCGACAAAUUUCUGCAGCAAGAACAGGCAAUGAGAAUAAGUUGUUGCAGACUUAUUGAGGAAGUUAGAUGCUAACCUGAAACACGAAAUCUGUCGCUGGGCCGCACACUACGAGCACAAGAUACGCCUUGGAUCAAAGGCUAUUUUUCAUCUAGAAGGAUGCAAACAUACUUGAUGUGUUUGUCCCCAGGGUGCAGCAAACAUUUGAUACAAAAGAAGAAGCCUACCUCUUUUACCUUGACUAUGCAAAGUUGGCUGGUUUUAGUGUCAGGACAAAAAGGACUAGUAAAGAAACCACACACUGGGUUUGCAACCGAGAGGGGUUUCUGAAGCCAGGUCAAGAGAAUGAGGAGCCUAUGACAAAUAAGACAUCGAUGAGAAUUGGUUGCCCUGCUUAUGUGAAGGUGAAGGAGGACAAGAAGCGCAAUAUUUGGUAUUUUCAUCAUGUUCAGGAAGCACACAAUCACAAACUUGAACCCUCACCAAGGAUGGUGAGAUAUAUGCAUUCUCAUAAGCAGAGGGAGGCAGCGUUGGAUGACCUGUUUGCAAUCAUGUCAAAGAGUGGUGUGCCAACACAGGCAGCAAUGAAUGUAAUGUCAGAAUUAUUUGGAGGCCGUCAAAACUGGCCGUUCACAGAGAAAGAUGUCCAUAACAAGAAAGCUGAGCAAGCAAGGGAGGAGAGGGAUGGUGACAUGGAUAAACUGUUCCAAUUUUUCAGGGAGUGCAAAGAACACAAUGAAUACUUUUACUGGGAUGUGGAUUUUGAACCAAAAACAAAUGUGCUUCGGAGCAUUUUUUGGUGUCAUGCAAGUCAGCGUGCAGAAUACAAGGAUUUUGGGGAUGUAGUCACAUUUGACACAACACACAAGACUAACAACAAGCAUAUACCGUUGGCCAUGUUUGUGGGUUGCAGCAAUAAUUUGAAAAAUGUGUCCUUUGGCCAAGCACUUCUUCGGGAUGAAACAAUAGACACAUUCAGAUGGCUUUUUGAGACCUUUAAAAGUUGCAUGGGUGGUCAGCAACCUUUUGUGAUUCUUACAGAUGAAGAUGCAGCGAUGAAGGAAGCAAUAAGGAUUGUGUUUAACAAGACACAACACCGAAAUUGCCGAUGGCACAUAACCAGAACAUGGGAUUACGAACUCGAGGAGCUGUACAAAUUGCACAAUGAUAAUAAUCUAAAGGAGAAACUGCAGUCCCUGAUAAACUAUCCUCUAGGACCCACACAAUUUGAGGUGGAGUGGAAUAAACUGGUGGAUGAAUGUGGCAUAAGAGAACACCCUGCAAUUGUUGCAUUGUGGCAAAAAAGGAAGAGAUGGAUAGCAACAUAUUUCAAAGGCAUGUACUGUGGGCGAAUGACUUCCACCCAAAGAUCUGAGAGCCAAAACAGGGUUUUGAAAGAUGGUUAUGUUAACAAUGUGACAAGCCUGCAUAUAUUUGCAAAGAGGGUGCUUGACUCAAUUCAGCACACAGACCACAUGGAUGCUGGGGAAUCACACUACUCACAGACUGAAGUUGUCAGAGCCUGCAAAUCAAGAUUUGAUGAGCAACUCAGCAGGGUGUACACCAGGGCUGUGUACAAUGAAUACAAGAGGGAAUAUAUUAACAGCACAGCUUUUGUGAUAGAGCCUGAUCCGGGAGUGGAAUGCGGUUACUUGGUGAAACAUGAGAAAGGCGAUGGGACAUUUUGCUGGGCACAACACGCAUUCAAAGUGGUGGCUGACAAAGCAGCAGGCGUGUAUAAAUGCGAAUGCAUGCAGUGGGAGCAUACAGGUCUGUUCUGCAUGCACAUAAUAAAGGCAUUCACCCACCUCCAAGUCCAAAACAUACCUGAAAAGUACAUUCUGAAGCGAUAUACACGUAAUGCAAGAUCUGUGGUUCCGUGGGACCGGCACGAUGUGAGUGUUGGUGGUCAAAAUGAGACAGAGCAGUCAAGGUUGUCGAAGCUGCUGCCAAAGUUAAUGCGACUGGGAAGAGCGGGAAGCAAAUCUGAUAGAGCAUACACUGAAACUAUCAGGCACAUCGACAUGAUAACUCCUGGGAUUGAGCUUCUACGAACAGCGGAGAUUGGUCCGAUUGGUCCGGACGAAACAACAAAUACUGAGUUGCAGCAAGAUGCAGAAGGACGGCGGAAUAUUGGUCCCAUUGCACCAACACAACAAAGUUCUGACAACAAUAUAGAACCUGUUGUGAUGCCAACUGGACCUACACCACCACCGGAAUCGGGCCUGAAUCCAGAUUCUGCAAACUGCCUCACUGAUCUAAGAUUGACUGAACCGCCAGUGUCGCGCACGAAGGGUAGGAAGUCUGCCAGUGGGGCUAAAUGUGCUAAAAAUAGUGUGGAACCUGCUAAUCCAUACAGCACAUAUAGUGGUGGUCAGGGCAUAAGAGAGUGCCAAACCUGCCAUGUUAGGGGGCACUAUAGCACAACAUGCCCUCAGAACCCAAACAGAAGCAGAGCGGCCGAGAACAAGGACAAAAAGAGAAGUGCAAAAACUGUAGGUUGGACUCCAAGAAAAAGAGGUCGCCCAACAAUAAAAAAAGGACUAGAUGGGAAUCAAGAUGAGGCACAGAGUGAGGGGGAUGAUACACAGCAAUCUGGGUGCACUAUGGCGGUGCAGGAGUCAGCAGCACACGCGGUGAUUGCAAGAAUUAGGAGGGCGACAACUUGCCAUGUUAAUUACCAGGACGAAAGUGAUUAAGGAUGACUAUGAAUCUGACUGAAUCUACAAUGUAAUAUUUCAAUUUUAUCUUAUUUUAUAACUCUGUGUAAGUUAAACUCAAUAAUGACUGUGUGACUGUUUGGAAAACAGUGGACACACAUGACCAACCAAUUGCAACAUCGUAGUUGCGCUGAUUGCAACUGUAUGUAUACACUGAAUAAUACAUGAAUCUGUGUUAUAUGUUUACGUCUCGACAUAUAAUUAAAAUAUAUCUUGUUUUAUUAUAAUAUAACAGUUGCUACUACUCAUAAACAGGUUUGCAAAGUUUGCCAUUAUGCUGGUUACCAAAACAUAGAUAUAAAAAUGAGUGGUCAUGGCCAAUUGCAACUACGAUUACAAUUUCAGUUGCAACUGUAACAUAUACACUGGUUGCAACUGCCUCAUAUGGAAGGACUCCACCUCGCCGGUGGGUACAGAACACAAACAUAUACAUUGGUUGCAACUGCAAUGGCUGGGAUUUUUCAAACAAAAUUGGAAACUGCAGUUUAGAGUACGAUAACAACUAGAUGAAUAGACCAGUUGCCAAUGGAAACAGUACGCUGGUUGCAACCUAAACAACAUUACUGGAUUGUUUCUGGAGAUAACAUAACACAACUGAUUGUUUCUGACUACUGCAUAACACAACAGAUUGUUUUUGCAUGAAUCUAAUUGUUCGACUGACUACUAUCCCAUUCAAUUGGCAACGGACGACCACCAAUUCUAAACUUAUCAAGCGAACCAGGAAUUUCAGCUUGGUUCAAAGGGUGGAAGAUCUCGUAAUGCAACAGCUCACAUCUAUAUAUCGGGCCCUUGAACUGCAAUGGCAUAAAAACAUCAUAAUGGUCAGUGACUAUAUUAUGAUGCAAACAUAGAAAACACACAAAAAAAGCACCAAAACAGAUAGAAAAUCAGUUGACAGCAUGGCUAACCGGAUUGAUUUCCUUGGUCAUUUUGUCCUCAUCAUAAUAUUCCAUGUACUUCCAUACAAAAAAAAGACAAUCGCUUGGACCUGCUUGCUUUGGCACAUCAAUAAAAGGCCGCCUCCACUUGCUAACUCUGGGUAACUUGAGGUUGGAAACUUUCUGGAAGGCUGCAUCUAUGAUUGGGAUUUUGGCAAAGACAGCCUUGUGCCGUUCUUCCUGAUUAGAACAAUUCAGGAAGUAGUCGUUCGAGUCCAGCACAUCAAUACGCUUAUGGAUAAAAUUGAAGCAAUAUACAAAAUAGUGAGCACCAUCUUUGAUAGGGACAAAAACCUGGUGCAAGAAAGGAGUAAAAAACUAAUUACUAAAAAUGGAAAACAUAUAUGAAAAAAGAAGUUGCAAGAAAAAAGUAUAGACAGUUGCAAAGUAUGUGUCCUGGUGAUUGCAACUGUAAAUGAUGGAAAGUAAAAAAUUGUAUGUAUGAAAAAAGUGGGUUGGGGAAAAGAUCUGCUAACCAAUUUUGCUCUUGACAAAUCAUAGUUUUCGCACUCAGACAUCAGAUUAUUCCAUACAUAUAUGAAUUCUUCCGUCUCAGAUUUAUCAGCGUUGAGUACUGCUUCACACGUUGAUACAUUGAA